GAACUAUGUGGCGGACAAGACACGGCCCGGGGCUGCGGCUCCCUGAUAGAACACAAAAUUUAUUAGUGAAAGUGCAUAUCAUCAUUGGCAAUUAUGAAAUCCUUCGGAAGAUCUCCCGACUACUGACUGCUGUGUACUCCGUAAUCUUGGGACCAUUGUGGCUAGCUGGAUUUAUAUCAGGAUAGGUGCGAUCGACGAUGAUGACCGUCGAAGUGAUCGCUGGGAUGCUGGGAUCAUGCCUCUGGCUCAUGGGGAACGAGGUGAUAUAUCAUUUGGUGCCUAGGUGAGAUACACACCGGGGCCGAUCGCCAGUACGGAGCACCCCGUACUGUUCAACGUACUCCGUUGAGGACAGUUUCAAGUGACAAUUUCUCGACCGCUACCGUCACACGCCCCGCGGGUGUUUUGGAUGAGCCUUGAUCUCCCAUCCGUUGAGUGCUUCACAGUGUCUUCGCAUCAUCUAGGCAAUUCACUACUUCCUUAAGUUAUACCUCCCUUUAUUCUGUCCACCUCACUCAAGAAGUCAAAUCUUUGGCAACGAUCAAAACAUUUGUGCCCGUGUGCAUCGGUAUAUAGUAGGACUCAUUGGGACCGACGACCGAGCUCAUGGAGAAAGGAGCAAGAACCUACUUCCGCUGGUUAUCUCUAAGUCAUGAGUAGCCACAGAGUUAAGUAUCCUCAACCGAUCCCUGAUCUGCUUGGUGGUUGGCAUCCCCGACAGCCAUCGGUCGAGGUCUUCCACAUUCCCCAGAAUGGGAUGGUAAGAAUUGCCAGGUUUUACGCUCCAUGUACAAGAUUAGUCGAAAGGGAGUGCAUUCCAACGGCUUUCACUUGCCUCCAAGAACUCUUAGAUGCUGUGAAUUGUAUUGACAAG